AGCAGGCUGCCGUUGUGGCCGGUGUCCAGCCUGAGCUGGUGCUCCGCUGGGCAGCGGGGCAUCUGCGUCUCUGCAGCCACCAGCGGCAAGGGCGGGAGUCUCCGGAGUCCUGUGCAGCAGCCCCAACAGCGGUGGCGGGGGCGGCGGCGGCGGCAGCAGCAGCAGGAGGGACAGUGAGCCGCGAACUGCAUCCCUGAACUGGGCUCGGCGCUCCAGGUUCCCUGCGUGGCGCGCGGCACUCGAAGGAGCUGGCUGGGGCUGUGAGGUCCGGGGAAGUGGGGGUGUAUGUGUGUUCGACCCGAGAUCCCGGUAGCUGCACUGCUUAGCAGCCAUGCUGCCCGGAGUGGGCGUGUUCGGCACCAGCCUCACUGCCCGAGUCAUCAUCCCACUUCUGAAGGACGAGGGCUUUGCGGUGAAGGCACUGUGGGGCCGGACACAGGAAGAAGCCGAGGAGCUGGCCAAGGAGAUGAGCGUUCCUUUCUACACCAGUCGCAUCGACGAGGUACUGCUGCACCAGGAUGUAGACUUGGUCUGCAUCAACCUCCCUCCCCCUCUCACCCGGCAAAUCGCAGUCAAGACCCUGGAGUAUAACAAAGAAUAAAAAAUAAAGGAGAAGAAAAAAAUUCAGCAAAACUGAUCAAUAUGGCAACUAAAUGAUAGUUUAUACAAUGUUCCACACAUAGUGUUCCAUUUUUACAAAUAGAGACCUACUGUAAUCCAAUGAAGACAAAGAAUUAAAAAGAGGAAUGGGGUGGAGACUGUGCCAGGCACUGUGGUAAGUGCUUUACAAAUAAAAUCUCAGUUUAUCCUCAUGACUGCCCUUGCAGGUAGGUGCUAUCUAUGACUCCCAUUUUAUAGUUGAGGAAACUGAAGCAGACAGAAUUAAGUGACAUGCCCAGGGUCAUACAAUUAGUAAACGUCUGAGGCUGGAGUUGAACCUAAGUCUUCCUAACUCCAGGUCCAAUAUUCCAUCCACUAUGUCCUCUGGCUGCAUCUAUGUGAAGAAGGAACUUCUUAUGAAAUAAUUCAAAUUAAAAAAAAUCCAAGCCAGAAGAACAGAACACAAAACUAUAAAUAUAUAAAAGGGAAGAAUAAAUGGGAAAUGAAUGGAUGAAAAAAAUCUGAUAUAGACUUAGAGGGAAUGGUUAAAAAGUUAUGACAUCUUACAUACUGAAAAUCAUUUAUUUAAAUUAAAUUGUUGCAGAUCGAGUUUGAGCGGUUAGAGGUCUAAUAUUAAAUUAAUAGUAAUAUCCUCAUAUUUAUAAUAAAUCACUAAAAAAGAAAACAAAGAACAUUUAUUAUAUUCUGCAACCUUGUAGAAUCUGAGAAUUUAUGGGAGGAAGGGAUCAGGGAAUCAUUUAGUCCAAAACCUGGCUUUUGAAGAUGAAGAAACAGAGCCCCAAAGCCAACAAAUGAUUUUCCAAGGUCACAUAUCUGGUUAGUGGUAUGAAUCUCCUGCACCUUCUUCUCCCCUUCCUCUAUUCAGUGCUGUUUUCAGGAUACCACAAGUUGGCUAGCUUUCAUAAGCAGGUAAUUUAGUAUACACCAGUUUGUUUGGUUACUGAAAAAAUGGGUUCUGUGUAAAACAAAUAUUGUCAUCUGGUCUGGCGGUGGUCUGAGCUUAAGCCAAUCCUACUGACAGUCUGUCUACUACCAAUUGUCUCAGAGGAUGUGUUUACUUUGGUGCAACAAUACUUGCUCAGUUCUUUGAUGGAUCUAUAAUUUCACUCAUGUGGCUACUCUUUCCAGGUGUGUAGAUGGCCAUCCAUUCAGGCCUCCUCCUCAUCUUUUAUGCAUGCUAGGCAGGUAGGUAUCAGAGUAUAUAGAGUGCUGGCUCUGGAGGCAGGAUUUGAGGUUA